GUCCAGCACAGGCACACCAACACCUGCUUUCAAAGCUGAUUGCUACACCACUACCUUACUACUGGGCCUGGACCACAAAUCCUGAUCCAGACCUCAGCGGCCAAAAAUUAAGAUAUUCCUGCUUUGUAGGUUUGACCUGCAUAUCCAGCCAACAUUUGGGUGUCCUCUAUCACUACAUCAGAAAGUUUCAAACACCACUAAAGGAAAUUUAAGAAGAAAUGUAUAAGUCAUCCCCAUCUGUGAGAGAAAAAGACAGCCUUCCUUUCCAAGAAAGAGAUGAAGAGGAAGGUGACCUAGAGCAAACUGAUGAUAUCACUGAUGACUCAGCAAGUUCAUACUACACUGCUUUUUGUUCUCUGAGUGAGUACAGUGACGCUCUUGAGGAUAGGACACACACAGAGCGUCCUACUGAAGGUGACUCAUUCAAGCUCUCAGAUUGUUCUAUCUCUGUACAUGGCAUCACUUCAACAUCCUUGAUCAAAGCCACCACAUUAUUUCAGGACUGCAAAACAGAAGAAUACAAAUGUAUGGAAGUACUGCCUGAUGUCUCCCAGUGUGAACAGGAUCAAUCAUUAUCUGCGAGUGAGACACUUGUGUUGGAGUCAAAACAUCUGCUUUUAUGUACAACAAUAACAAAUGUGAAUUUACAAUCUGUAAAUACAAACACUUUACAAAGCCAGGAUCAUUCUGAUGAGCUUAAUACAUCUGAAACAGAUUCAUCUGUUAAACUGGGGGAUUCUUUUGGAGGCAGCAGGACUGUAUUUCACACUAACAUUAGAACCACUGAGGAGCCUUGCUCCCCAGAACCCGGAUUCACUUCAAACACUAUUUUGAUAACGCCUGACAGAAAUCAAUACAGCAAGGGUAGGGAACAGGAGUAUGGUGGCAAAGAGCCAAAGGAGGACCACGCGACACAAAAGCAAAGACCCAGAGAUGGUCUGAGUGCACCCAGCGCUGAAUGCAGGCUUAAGAGAGGCGGGCAUAUUCUGGGUCAUAUGGAAGAGGAGGGGGAGGGUAGAGUGGUGAGUUGCAGAAAAGACCAGCCUGAGCUGUCAGUCAGGUCUAGAAAUAGAAAUGCGUCUGCAAACUCUAUCUUAACACUCACAGCCAGCAAACAGGAGUCAAGAAUCCCGCCACACUGUUAUUCAGAGCGUAUCCCCGCAACCAGGCACCAACACCAGCUACAGAGUCUUGCUGAUACCCGGAGGUUGGAAAAGCAGAGCCGGCAAGGCGUCUGGCAGUCCAGACCAUUCUCCCGCACACUGAGUAGCAGCUCCUGCCAAACCAGCCUAAUUACAGACAGUACCAGUGGAUCAACCACCAUGGGAACAAAGCUUGCUGAGGCCAGUAGUGAGGUGGGGGGCUUUGUUAACCUGGCCCAGGUAAGAUCUUCCUGUUCUGAAACUGACUACAUGCAUGUUUUUGGCUCGAGCUGUAGGCCUGCAAGUCAGUCUGAUGGAAACCACAACAAAUGGACAGAGGAUGUUCUUGCUUUCAAAAUGCAGAUGUAUUCAAAAACUCAGAACACAUCCGCUGGCUCAGAAUCCAGCAGCUUUGAGUGUGUUGAUGUGGCAUUGGAAACCACAGAUAAAGUAAACAGAGGAUUAAAGACUGUUCCCAAAAGACAAAUUCAACUGAAGAGACGGGACACAGUAGAGGCACAGUUCAGAGAGAACAACAAUCAAACCCAUGAGGUUGUAAACACGCAUGUGCAUCCUCGAGACAUAUUUCAGCGUCAACAUAGCACCCCUGCAGUGUUAAACCAGGACCCUCAUGUGGCUGAUCAAAGGUCAGUACAGGCAGAGCGGAAGCAAAAACUUCAAAAAUCAUAUUCUCUUGAUGAAACUUCCAGCAAAACUCAAAUGGCAUCCUCAAUAAUAGCGAAUGUCCUAUCAAAAAAGAUGCAACAUGAACAGAAUCUUCGUACCUUGGAUGUUUCUGAUAAAGCUUUUGCUUCAACCAAAGUGAACAUCAAAACUGCUACAACUGAUGAAUGUUUGUACACGUCUGGCAAGGAUGUUUAUGCUGAAACUACAAAACCAUAUCAAAGUGCUACCCUUAAGAGAGAGACAGAAAGUAACUAUGUGCACUGUAGCUUUAACUCAAAACCACAACCCAAACUGUUAAGUAAACAUGGCCUCAGUCCUCUUUUAAGUGGGACUGGUAAGUCUGAAGUUAGGGGCAGUGGCACUGAAAUAACCGACACUUCAGAGAAUGAGAAAGCAGAGAAGUUGAAUUCAAGAGAGAAGGCAUUGCAGCUCCCUAACCUGAGCUCUGGAGUGAAGCUAUCCUGUGACUCAGCAAAGGGCAGAACAUGGAACUCGAGUGCAGCAACAAAUGUAGCCAUCAGCACACAGGCUUCUGUGAAAACCACACCUGAAGAAUGCCAUACAGGCCAGGGAAUCCAUAAACAACACAAUAUGACUCAAACCAAUGUGCUGGAAACACAGGAGGAACAGGCUGGAAGCACGGAAAGUACACUCAGCCCUACUAAUAUUACCUGCCUGAUAUCUGAUUUGGAAGCAAAUGCUGUAGAUAAUACAACCCCCAAAACCGAUGACUGUGGCAUUGGAAAAGAUCAGGAAAGUGACAGAGAGGAUUUUAAGUCAUCAGGACAGUUCUCAAGCCUAGCUAUGCAAAGCCAAGGCAAAUUGAAAGCCCCUGUCCAUAUAGUAAGAGACAUGAGAAGCCUAGUGAAAAACACAUAUAACAAAUCAUUCAAGGGCCCAAGGGAAUCAACCCACAUAAUAGAAGGGAGUGCUGCUUUGUUUCAGUCAUCAAUACACAAUCUAAGCAACAAGAAUGAAGCAAAGGGAAAGGGAUACAAACAAGAUGAAAGACCCCUUUUGCGGAAAGUCACUCCACCUCUUCCACUGGAGAGAAGGAGAGAUCACUCUGCACCAAGAGGAUGCUCAGCUAAGGUAAUGCCUUCUGUGGAAUCAAAUGACAAAAGUCAUAUUAUUGGAUUCACAAAGGUCAGCCCAAUUAGUGCAACCAAGGCAAACAGCUGUGCCUUGUCAAAACCCUCAGAGACACAGGACAGCCAAGUUGGCAUCAGUAAAUCUGAUGUUACAGUCAUUGAUUUAAAUUUUAAACCAACAAACAGGUCAGACCUGGCAAUGCAACCUAGAGAGGAGACUUCGACUGAUAUGACUACAAAAGGAGAGUUGACAAGAAGCUCUGACAAGGAUCAUCUUUUCCCAGCACUGCAGUAUGUUUCACCCACAAGUUCUGAGCAACAGGACCAUGGUAAGAUAAUCGGUGAUGGUCUCCAGACCCCAUCCCUUCCUCCCAGGUCACAGAGUUCAGUUGGGCCUCAGUUGUCUGCUUGUGUCCUAACAGUAGCUUCAACUCCUAUGGUUCCUUCCUAUUACUACAAACCCAAUGUACUGGGUUACCAAACAAUCUCUCCUCAUAUAGGUGCAGUGCAUGGCUACGUUCAAGGGCCUGUCUUGUUUCAAACCCCCCUUUACAACCAGACUCCUGCACCAAAUAGCCAUACGCCCUUACUGAGAUUUCUUUCGGAAGAUGGAAAAACGCUAGUACAGCCAACAGAUGGCUCAACCAGUCAAGCUCAGAAAGAAGAUACACAACUGAAAAUACAUUCUCCAGAAACCCAACACAACACAAUCUUUGUUGCUCCCAUGAGUGCAGAGGCCAGGCUCGAUGGCGCAGGUGUGCUGUAUCCAGAAGCAGGUGGAAGUGUAGCAGCAAGCACUCGCCAACUGUUGCUAGAUCCGGAAACUGGACGCUAUUUCUAUGUUGACAUGCCUCAGCUGCCACAGCGCAAGAUGCUGUUCGAUCCAGAAACUUGCCAGUAUGUUGAGGUUUUACUACCACAGCAGGCACUUCCCAGUGCUGUUGUACCCACGCCAUGUGCCAUACCUUUUGCCUCUCUUCACAUCCCACCCAUGUACACCCCACAGUGCUUACCUUACAUACAAUCACAUCAUCAGGUGCUCCCGCCACCGGGACCGUGAAACCUGACAGGACCUAUAGACUACAGAAGAUAAUAAGUCAAGCCCAAGGCUCAGAUUACCCAGUGCCCAUUAAGUGCUGGAUGGGUGUUGUUUAUAAGCUACUGAAUGAGUGAAACAUGUUGACCAUCUGCUGCCCUGGCCUCAAGGCAUCAAAACUGAAAGCGUUUUCUGUUAGCACUGCAUUCAACACUCCUUACUUCGUAAAGACUACCUCUGGACUUGGCAACUGACAUGGUGAGAUUGAUUAUAUCUGCUGAAAUGUUGUAAGAUGCAUUAGCAUUCACACUUUCAGGCUAUAUAAACAGAGCAUGGGGCUUUAAAGGGAAAAGAGCUCAGAUCACCUCUGGUAUGGGCAAUUGAGACUCACCAAGGGACCCGAGUGUCUUCAGCAUGCUUAUCAAAUAUGACAAAGGUCACUAUUUUGCUAUUGUAAAUUGUAUUUGAAUUUACUAAAUGGCAAUUUGAGCAAGACUAUUUGCAAACCAUUGCUUACCUAAGCAUUUCCUGAAAACGCUUUAGUUUUCAAAUUUGUACACAUAAAUAAACUGGUUGUUAGUGUCUCAAAUGACAUUUUUAAUCAAAAUGUUUUUACAUGAUCCGGUUGUAAACUGAAUUACCUCUAGAUAUGUGUUUAUUGUUCUCCUACUGACACCUGACACUUGUUUACGCAAGCCUGUUCCAAUCCACUGAUCCGAUAUGUGAGAUUCAGGAUGGAUUAUUGACUAUAUAUAUAACUGAUACUACUGGCUCAUGACUAAAUAUUCUGCUGUCAAAUCUGAAGUGGCCAAGACAGCGAGAGAGUGGACAAUAAAUAGACAUUUAAAUCAAUAAAGAUAAUUAAACAGGGCUGAUCCUUCAGCAUGAUACUAAAUCAAUUUAGCUUUAAAGCAAACACUGCAGUAAAUCAGACCUUCCGGGUUGCAAUGAAUCAGAGCUGCUACAUCUUUAUUGCAGCAUUACUGUUUGAUGCUGAAAAUAAAGUUGUAAAAAAUGAACUGGUUUCUUGACACAACAAGGUUCAGUUGGUUUAAAUGGGUUAAUGCUUUUUGCAUUAGGGUCUAACAACAGGCUGUGCAUUUACAGCAUUCACAGUAACACUUUAAUGGUGAUGUUGUCAGUCAAUAUAUUUACUAACAAAAACAAACAAUGAACAAUAUAUCUCUUACAGUAUUCAUCUUUGUUAUCGUUAGUUAUGAAAAUAAAGUUGUCCAUUGUUAGUUUCUUAACUCACAGUGCAUUAUCUAAUGUUAACAAGCUUGAAUUUUAAUUGUUAGUGAAUACAUUAACUAACAUUACCUUAUGAAAACGUCUUGUAAAGAGUUAUCGCAUGUACUAAUUGGUUAAUGUUACAAUACAUUUAUACUAUAUCAUUUUUUACUCAUCAGUAUCAGUUAAACUAAUACAUUUAACUUUUUUUAAAUACUGCAUUUCUAAAUUAACAUUAAAAUAGGUUAAUAAACUGUUGCUUCAUCACGAUACAUAUUUCAAUUAAUGAUAUUCUUUUGAAUGAAUCGAAACUGACAGACAGACAGAGAAGAGUUGUAUUUUAAUAAAAAAUAACUUAAGCAUGUAUUUAUCAAAAAUGAAUGUCCACAUGAUCGUUUGUGGCUUUUCUGGAAUGCAAAAUUCACUCUUAGUAUGUUUAAACAUUAUUAGUUACAACUUUAUGUAUGUACAUUAUCAUUUGCAUAUUUUAAAAUGUCAUUUUGUAACUCUUUUCAAAGCUGAACACAUUUUGUUUAGUGUUAAUCACUGCCAUGUUUUGUACACAAUCAAGAUAUAAUAAAUGAAAAAAGCCUGACCUUCAUUUCCUUUUCAAGUCAUUUCAAUAAACUACCUAAUGCUUUAUAAUCAAAUCAAACUACAUUUGAUCAUAGAGACUCGUUGUCCUCAAACUGUCAUCUCAGUUUUACUUUAAAUAAAUUCCAGCCAUUCUUUAAAGCAAAACUGACUGGAUUUUAUACAACAGUUGAAAAAAACAUUCCACUCAAACAAUCUACACUAUUCUAAACCUUGUCAAACUAUAAAAAUACGCCUAAAUUUUGGUGCAGACCAUUUCAAUGGGAGCAUCAGUUACACCUUCCUUUAUUUUCAUGUCAUCCUCAUCUUCCUCCUCCUCUUUCUUGCGGCAUGAUGAUUUAAAGCCCUGGAAAGUGGGACAGAUGGGCAGGUAGCGCAGACAGCCUGUCUUCCGAAUCAGCCCCAUCCCGAUCGGAAAGUUAUAUGUGUCUGUUUUUACUGUUCCUGAAGAACCCUCAUCCACCCAUUCAACCAAACCUCGCUCUUUUCUGGUGCCUGCAUACAAAAUGGCAUGCAUGAAUUGCCUUUGUUAUCUCAUUAUCUAAGGAAUAAGUACACGGUUAUACCUGGAAUUGUGUUGUCAAGUACAAAUGCUAAGAAUCCCCCAACAAACAUCUCUGUUGUCAGGAGCACUGUGAUGAUUUGGUCCAGCUCAGCCACACCUGUUUAAAUCAAUCCAAAUGUUUGUGGUCAUAGUUAUAUGUAGGUCAUUCAUUCAUUCAUUCUUAUUUCAGCUUAGUCCCCUUAUUAUUCUGGGGUCACCACAGCGGAAUGAACCGCCAACUUAUUCAGCAUAUGUUUUACGCAGCAGAUGCCCUUCCAGCUGCGACCCAUCACUGGGAAACAUCCAUACACACUCAUUCAGUUAUGUAGCUUCCUAAUAUAUUUGUUGGAAGACAUGUUAACCUGUUUUGAUGCUCCCUGGAUGAGCAUCCAGGUAAUUCGGUAGCAUGAGGCCAGAAAACAUGGAGAAACCAAGAACGAAAAGAUUUCUGGAGGAGUUCAGAUCGACACUCUGUAGGUUUGACAGGCCGACAGCUGUAAUCAUACC